CCGGAGCAAAGCCGACACAGACCUUCUUCCAUGAGAGGAGAGAACUCACCGCCUGCCAAAAGAUGUCCCACCAAACUGGAAUCAAUGCAACACCUGAGCUCAAGCACUUCCUGGCCCAAGCAAGGGGAGGCGCCAUCAGAAUCAUGAAGAUCAUCAUUCAGAAUGAGGAGUUGGUGUUGGAAUCGUACCGACAGCCGGCUCAGAGCUGGGACAAGGACUUUGACCAGUUCCUUCUACCUCUGCUGACACCACAGCAGCCGUGUUACAUCCUCUACCGCCUGGACUCCCAGAAUGCUCAGGGAUACGAGUGGAUCUUCAUCGCCUGGUCACCUGACCAGUCACCAGUGAGGCAGAAGAUGGUGUAUGCUGCAACCCGUGCCACAUUGAAGAAAGAAUUUGGAGGCGGUCACAUCAAAGACGAAGUGUUCGGGACGGUUGAGGACGACGUGUGUUUCCAGGGUUACCUGCGCCACAUGUCCUCCUGCUCCUCCCCGGCUCCUCUCACAGUAGCAGAGAAGGAAUUACAACGAAUUAAAGUGACAGAGGAUAAAGUCGCAUGGGAUGAACGCAGGCGGAUUGGAACGCCGACAGCUCGAGCGAAGGUUACAAUGGAGUUUGGCUUGGACAAGAGGGCACAGGCUCUUCAGGGACUUGCUUUCCCGGUGCAAGAGGAAGCCAAACAAGCUCUGAGGCAGCUCAAGCAGAAGCGCAUCAACUACAUCCAACUGAGGCUGGACGUAGACAAAGAAACCAUUGAGCUGGUUCACACCAAGCCCACAGAAACCCACGAGCUUCCGUACAGGAUUCCCACAGACUCCCCCAGAUACCACUUCUUCGUUUUCAAACAUUCCCACCAGGGUCAGCUGCAGGAGGCGCUGGUCUUUAUAUACUCCAUGCCUGGUUAUACCUGCAGUAUCAAGGAGCGAAUGUUGUAUUCCAGCUGUAAAAGCAGACUAUUGGAGGAGGUGGAGCGGGACUACCAGCUGGAGGUCACCAAGAAGAUGGAGAUCGACAGUGGCGACGGUCUGACAGAAGAGUUCUUGUAUGAGGAGGUCCAUCCCAUGGAGCACACCCUAAAGCAGGCCUUCACCAAGCCUCGUGGUCCUGGAGGGAAGAGGGGGAAUAAACGCCUUAUUAAGGGCGCGGGGGAGAAUGGGGAGGAACUUUAA